UAUCUCCAAACGUCACAUAAUCAAACUUAUUGAGCGUCAUCCAUCUAUCCAGUUUCCACCCGGUACCAUACAUCCUUACUUAUUUCUCUUCUGAUAAUUUUUCACGUGAUUUGCCCGAUGUGCCGCAAAAAUUAGCGAAUAAUUAUUAAAAAAUCGAAAUGGCUGUCAAUACUGCUACGGACAGUGUCACUCUCAAAGAUGUUGACCAACAUAAAUUUGUGCGAGCAUUCUCGGCGUUUUUGAAAAAAACUGGUAAAAUCGAAGUACCUGAUUGGGUUGAUCUAGUAAAAAGUGCAAAAUUCAAAGAACUCGCACCUUACGAUGAAGAUUGGUUCUACACCAGAUGCGCAGCUACCUUGAGACAUAUUUAUUUCCGUGCUCCGGUCGGAGUUGGCACUGUUACUAAAAUUUUCGGAGGUCGCAAACGUAACGGUACUCGUCCCAGUCAUUUCUGCAGAAGUUCCGGUAGUGUUGCUAGGAAAACGCUUCAAGCUUUAGAAAAUUUAAAAUUAAUCGAAAAAGUACCCGAAAGCAGAGGCAGAAGAUUAACAGCGCAAGGCAGACGAGACGUUGAUAGGAUAGCUGCUCAAGUUAAACAAGCUAAGAAAAAGAAACAGUUGCAGGUUUCUUCUCUACAAGCCGGAAUUAAAGUUAUAGUACCAGCUGGUGCUCAAUAAUGUAAUUUAUAUUCUGUUUAAUAAAUUUUUAUGAAUA